AUGUCUGUGCCAAUGCCUCAUCACAUUGUACUGGCUGGCCUUUACAGCCCAGCCUCCAAAGAAGGAGCCAAAGGGGAUCUCAUUUGCAUUGCUGCACACUACCUUCUCCGAAUUGGAGAGUACUACACUGACCGACAUCCAACUCAGCGAUUUAGAGUCAAAGACAUCAUCUUUCGACAUCCUGACCAAUCCAUCAUUCCCAGCACUGACCCCCUACAAACACUUCUCAAGGCUGAAUAUGCAACCAUCAGAAUCACCAACCAGAAAAAUGGACAAAGGGGUCCAUGCGCUUAUCACCAAUGCACUCGCACAAUCAAAUGCCCUGUCAUAGCCCUGGCACAACAAGUGGCUCGCAUCACAAAGCAAACAGCCAACAUCAACACUGCCAUUAGUACAUACCACAUUGUCCUCGCGGGCUUCAUUUCUCGCCCAACUCACUUUGAUUUGUCUCAUGCUGAACGUGCUGAACAGCUGUACCCGACGCAAGCACGGCCACAUGGGAAGUUGGCGUUCUUUCCAGCCAAGUCGAGGGCUGCUACAGCUGCUUGA